AUGGUUUCUUCUUCAUCUCUAACCGCCACUGGAUUGUCAGCUUCUGUUAUGGCUAUUGAUACUUUGACUGGUGCGAACUAUGCUUCGUGGAAGGAUUCUCUUGACCUUACUCUCGUACUCAUGGAGUUUGACUGUGCGCUAACUGAAAACGCUCCCCCUGCUCUUACUGAUAAGAGUACUGAAGUUGAAAAACUACUCUAUCAAAAGUGGGAGAGAGCUAAUCGCUUGUCUCUUAUCUUCAUGAAAAACUCGAUAAGUCCUACUAUCAAGGGAGCCAUUCCUGACGCCACUACAGCUAAGGAAUAUCUGACUAAUGUGGAGGCUCAAUCCAAGGGACGUCUAUGGCGCAAGCCAGCACCCUCAUUCUGA